CCAGCUAUAGUCCGGCUCUCCAACGGUCCGAAGGAUUGUGAACUGGCCCCCUGUUUAAAAAGUUUGGGGACCCCUGUUCUAUAGCAUUGAGCCAGGGCAGUCGAAAUGGUGUUAAAAUGAGAAAAGGUAGUCUCAGAAGCCUUCAGAAUGAACAAUUUCCUUGCUUUAGUGUUAUGUGUGUUGGGAAUAUUUUGCUACUUUGGGUUCCAUAGAAGAGGAAAACAGGAUGCAAACCAAAUAGAUAAAUAAAUGGGGGAAUGAACUGCUGGUCACUUCUGGUUUGAGGGGAGGAAAAUCUACAUUUUGAGUGGUGCUGUCCAUGGUGAGUUGUUUUGGAUUUCCAUACACUGUUUGAAGAAAAGAAAGGUGGUCAAGUUUGGUCAAUGUAUAUACUUAUUUUUAGGCAAAAAUGAUCAACAUGUCUUAACAAAAGUCUCAACAGAGCAAUUUCUCAGCCCAAAUUCAAUCAAGACAGUGUCUUCAUGGAGUACUGCAGGGUAUAACACACACCCUAGUUGACUCUAUAAUGGGGUGUACAGUAUGCCCUUUGUAUUCAUGGAUUCUGCAUCAAAACUAUCCCCCCUCUAAACCAAAAAUGUAAACCUUGAUUUUGACAUUUUAUAUAAGGGACAUCCAAGAGCAGGGCUCAUAUUACAGUUCGAAGGAGUACACAGGGACUGACUGAGACAAAAGUUAAAUGUGUCAUGUUAAGCCCCAGGUGGCAUGGUCAGCCAGAGCUUUCUCUGACUGAUGCUGCCAUUGCAUACUGUGAAAGCACAUUAUAGAGUGAUUCUAAUUAUGCUAAAAGAGAAGGAAGAAAGAGAGCGAUGACACUCCUGACUUGAAUGGAGGGAGUAGAAAAGACAGUGAUGUCACAGAAAUCAAGCAAACAUUCUAGAAUCGGGGGACGGGGGCAGAUGCAGUAAAAAGAUGAAAACACCACUGGAUCUACGAUAUUCAAGGCUAAUAUUCUAAUAUAAGGGUCAUGGUUUGGAUUUAGUCAGCAGAAAGAAAAUAAUAUCGAUCUUCAUCAUUGGGACUAAACAACAUCCAUCAAGGUUACAGUUCAGAUGGAAGGAGAGGCAGGUGUUGGGUGAAAUAACUGUUACCAGAAUAAAAUACUUCUCCAUAGUCUCCAUUUCUAGAUCUUCUGAGAGAAAAAAAGGAAGAGAAUAUUAGAGGGGUAAAAAGGAUUCCCAGUGUCUCAUGUGGAACAGUUGACUGUAGCUGCCUGCAGAGACUGAUUGAUGAUAGCAGUUUGGGGACCCAAUCAUGGCAGAUCCAGAACCUCUGCUUGAGCUGACAGAAGAUAGAAUAAUUUCAGAUGCUGAAGAAACAAAGUGUGAAAUAACUGAGGAAAGUAACCAUGAGAAGAACAAACCUCAGGGUGAUAGAACUAUGAGCCAAGCAAUAAGGGAAGUAACCCAAGGAAGAACAAUUUCAGAUAAAGAAGUGAAUGAUAAACAAUCUCAGAACCUCAACCAGAAGACAGGUAUUUGUAGCAGCACAACAAGUAAAGUAACACUUCCCAGGAAAGGUUUCCACGAUGGCAGCCAGCAACUCUUAAGUUCAGAUUUUCAUAGAAAUUCCAUUGGUCAUCACUCCUUACCAAGCCCUAAAAUUUUCCAACAGCAGCAUGAAAAUGAAGUCACUUCCAACGACAACAGCAGACAUUGGGUAAGCACAAGAAGUGGCAAAGAACGGCAAAACAAAUUUAACCAGACCAGUUGCAUUUGGGAAAGAAAACCACUUUCAGAAAUUCUUCACCCUUCUACUGAGAUAUCCCAAAGAAGUGAAAAUGCAGAGAGCAAUGUACUGGGUGGAAAACAAGAUGGAACUCCAGUUGGGGAGACAGAAACUUUUCCCCAAGAUCACUUCCAGAAUUCCCAAGUUUCAGAAGGAGAAAAAGUUCAGAGUAGUAAGCAAGAAUCCAAACAAAGCAUCUCACCUUCAAUGGAAAUGGAAACGCAGGGAGGAGAGCAACAUGCAGAAUUAGAGCAAGCUGAAGAUGAUGGCCAUCUGUUGUCAACUGAAGGCCAGUGUCUGAAGAGCAAAAUACCUUCCCAGCUGCAGCAAACAGAUGAAACAAGCAUUAAUAGUGAUGUAGUUUGGAUUAGCCCAAAGACUGGCAAAGAAAUGAAAUCAAGCACCACUCAGACAAAUUUCCCCUGGGAUAGAAAGACGCUUGCUGAAUAUCUGCAAUCUGUUAGCAUGGUGGAGGAAGUGCUAGGUUCUAACAUUUCUCCUACAGAAAUAAAGUGGUUGUCAGUGGAAGAAUAUCCCCCACAAAAUCAAGAGCCAGAGAACCAUGAAUCCCACCAGAGUACUCAACAGCCAAAUGGACUGGUAUCACAACAUGAUAGCCAGAGAUCAGUUGAACAUCAUUCUCUACUGAACCAGACAACUUUCCAACUGCAGCAAGCAAACAAGGAGGACACAAUGUGGAUCCGACAUAAAACAGGUCAAGAUGUGAAAUGCAGUAGCACUCAGACAAGCUUCAUUUGGGAUGAAAAAAGACUUGGGGAGUAUCUUCAGCCCCCAUGUACAGAGGGAGAAAUGCUAAGCCUGGACACAAAGGCAGUUUCCUCUAUGGAUACUGUGCCGGCAACAGCCUUCAUUUUUCCUAGCCCUCCAAAAGCAGAACAGCCCUUUGUGCCAGCAGUCCCCCUUGUUACCCCGGAGUCAGAGAAGCAUGAGCUCUCAGCAUUUUCUCUCUUCCCUAGAUGUGAUACUCAGCCAUCAGUUGAGCACCAUUCACUACUUAGCCAAACAACUUCCCAACUGCAGCAGGCAAGCAAAGCUAGUAUCAAUGAGGACACAGUGUGGAUUCGACACAAAAUAGGUCAAGAUGUGAAAUGCAGUACCACUCAGACAAGCUUCUUUUGGGAUGGAAAAAGACUUGUGGAGUAUCUGCACCCGACAAGUAAAGAAGGGGAAAUGCUAACCCUUGAGUCAACUGCAGCUGCUUCUGUGGAUACUGUGCCACAAGGUCAAGGAGCACCCUUCAUUUUUUCUAGCCCUUCAGACACAGAACAACCUUUUGUGCCAGCCAUUCCCCUUGUUACCCCAGAAUCAGAGAAGCAUGACCUCUCCGCACUUACUCUUUUCACUAGAAGUGGUUCUCCGCCAUCAAAUGAAUACUAUUCACUACUGAGCCAAACAUCACAACCUCAGCAAACAAAUAAAGCUAGCAUCAAUGAGGACACAAUGUGGAUUCGACAAAAAACGGGCCUAGAUGUGAAGUGCAGUACUACUCAGACAAGUUUAUUUUGGGAUGGAAAGAGAUUUGUGGAGCAUCUGCAGUGCACAAGUAAAGAGGGGGAAAUGCUCAACUUUGUGUCAGUUGCAUCUGCUUCUGUGAAUACUGUGCCAGUAGGUCCAGGAAGAGUCUUCAUUUCUUCUCACCCAGCAAUCCUCCUUGAUACCCCAGAGUCAGAGAAGCAUGACGUCUCAGCACAUACUCUUUUCACUAGACGCGGUACUCAGCCAUCAAUUGAGCACUAUUCACUACUGAGCCAAACAACACCCCAAGUGGAGCAAACAAAUAUAGCUAGCAUCAAUGAGGACACAAUGUGGAUUCGACAAAAAACAGGCCUAGAUGUGAAGUGCAGUACUACUCAGACAAGUUUAUUUUGGGAUGGAAAGAGAUUUGUGGAACAUCUGCACCCCACAAGUAAAGACGGGGAAAUGCUCAACUUUGUGUCAGUUGCAUCUGCUUCUGUGGAUACUAUGCCACUAGGUCCAAGAAGAGCCUUCAUUUCUUCUCACCCAUCAAUCCUCCUUGAUACCCCAGAGUCAGAGAAGCAUGACGUCUCAGCACAUACUCUUUUCACUAGACGUGGUACUCAGUCAUCAAGCGAGCACUAUUCACUACUGAGCCAAACAACUCCCCAACUGGAGCAAACAAACAAAGCUAGUCUCAAUGAGGACACAAUGUGGAUUCGACAAAAAACGGGCCUAGAUGUGAAGUGCAGUACUACUCAGACAAGUUUAUUUUGGGAUGGAAAAAGACUUGUGGAAUAUCUGCACCUCACAAGUAAAGAGGGGAAAAUGCUCAACUUUGUGUCAGUUGCAUCUGCUUCUGUGGAUACUGUGCCACUAGGUCCCGGAAGAGUCUUCAUUUCUUCUCACCCAUCAAUCCUCCUUGAUAACCCAGAGUCAGAGAAGCAUGACAUCUCAGCACAUACUCUUUUCACUAGACGUGGUACUCAGUCAUCAAGGCGCUAUCAACGUUGGUCUUCCAUUUAACCCAGAGAAGGGGAAUACCUGACCCUCCGGAUAGUUGCAACUCUCAUCAGCCCUAGCCAGCAGAGACAUGAUGAAGUCUUAAAGGAGAUAAACAUCAGUGACAUACAGAGGGCUACAAGUUCCCCAUCCCUGUUUUAAUGCAUACUUUAGUCACAGAAAAACAUAAAAUCCUCCAAGGGGAAUAACAUAUGAUUUUUUUUAGCCAGCAUAUUAAUGGAUCCUCAUGUUUUUUAAUCUGAUACAUCCAAAAUAGAAUUGCAAAACCUUUCUUUAAAAUGCAUACAGAAUAUCACGCAAGUCAGACAUAUUGCAGUAGCUCUCCUAUUAAAAGCUCAAACACUUUAGCAGGAGAUUCUUUAGGAAUUGUUUAGGACAGUGGUUCUCAACCUUUCUAAUGCCGCAACCCCUUAAUACUUCCUCAUGUUGUGAUGACCUCCAACCAUAAAAUUAUUUUCAUUGCUACUUCAUAACUGUAAUUUUGCUACAGUUAUGAAUUGUAAUGUAAAUAUCUGAUCUGCAGGAUGUAUUUUCAUCCACUGGACCAAAUUUGGCACAAAUUUGGCACAAAUACCCAAUACGCCCAAAUUUGAAUACUGGUGGGGUUGGGGGGAUUGAUUUUGUCAUUUGGGAGUCGUAGUUGCUGGGAUUUAUAGUUCAUCUGCAAUCAAAGGGCAUUUUGAACUCCACCAACGAUGCAAUUGAACCAAUCUUGGCACACAGAACUCCCAUGAUCAAUAGAAAAUACUGAAAGGGUUUGGUGGGCAUUGACCUUGAGUUUUGGAGUUGUAGUUCACCAGAGAGCACUGCGUACUCAAAACAAUGAUGUAUCCAGACCAAACUUGGCAUGAAUACUCAAUAUGCCCAAAUAUGAACACUGGUGAAGUUUGGGGAAAAUAGACCUUGACAUUUGGGAGUUGUAGCUGCUGGGACUUAUAGUUCAUUUAUAAUCAAAGAGCAUUCUGAACUGCACCAAAGAUAGAAUUGGGCCAAACUUCCCACACAGAAAAUACUGGAGGGAUGGGAGGAACUGGCAGUGAUUUAGGGGAGAUAUGGUUCACCUACAUCAAGAGAGCACUAUGAACCCAAACAAUGAUGGAUCUGGACCAAAUUUGGCACAAAUUUGGGAGGAUUUGCAGUCUGUUUCCAAAAAGGAAGGGAAGGACAGGCAGAGAGAUCUUCAGCCUUCUCUGCCAAAGGGGUUGCUAAGACCAUCAGAAAUAUGUGUUUUCUGAUUGUCUUUUGUGACCCUUCUGACACCUCCUCACGACCCCCCCCCCUUUCAGGUUGAGAAACACUGGUUUAGGGAUUGUUGUGGGAAGGAAAGAGAGUUCAAAAGAGGGAGAAGAAAAUUACAUAUUUUCCCUUCCAUCUUUUCCUGCACUCUGUUUUUGUUUAAAAAAAGAGAGGCAUUGGUUAAUAUUUUGAAUUCCACUUUCAUUUUCUACAUCAAUUAAAAAUUCUGUAUCUUCUAGAAAUUCACAGAAGGAGAAUUCUACUUUUUGUAUUUGUGUGUUUAAAACCUUAGUUGAGAUUCUGUAUCUGAGGCUGCAAUGCGUACCUUUAUGAUGGAGCUGCAGACUUCUGAGUGUUGGCAGUGGUCAGCUGAACCUCCUCCAUAAAGCCCAGUAUGAGGAGAAACUUUGCCAGUGGUGACCACUGGCACGGAGACAAGUUCUGGCUGGUGGAUUUCUCCUUGAAUCGGGAGAAUAACAGGGAUAUUGAGGACAAGUGCCAUAAUGUCACUACCUGUGCUACAACUAUGGAAAUCAAUAUGUUGGUUUCACUGGAGUGGAUGGGGUGAAGGAUACCAUCAUGCUCACAUCACUGAAAACAGUCCUGUAGGGACAACAGAGCUGCCACCAUGCUUUCUAUAAUUAUCUUCUUACUUAAUACCUGCAUUUUACCAAUUAUAUUUUAAAAACCGGAUUCUGCAAUGAUAGCAUUACUUUAUUGAGUUUGCUUCCUUUUUGGACAUUACAAAUUAAAAAGAAAUAAUUGAAAAAAAUAUUUCAAAACUUUAUCAUGCACCUAACUAUUUAAUUGGAUGUUGAGAUAAUUAGUGAAUGAAUGUGUUAGUAAAGUUGUAUCUUGUUUUUCUUGAUUUCUUUGGUGCAAACAUGGUAAUAUGGUGGAUCAUUUUAAAGGCUGGUAAAUCUAAUCUAUCCCAUUGUUUCUGACAUACUUGACAUUACCAAAAACUUGGCAAUAUUAUCACACCUUCAGGAGCAUAUAUAAAAUUAAUUUCUUGAAUAUUUUGAUAGAUUUUAAAGAUGGUGAUGCUUAACACAGUUACUGAAACUUAUGUGGAGGAGGAUUUAUUAAAUGACCAAGUAAUUACUGAAGAAAUAUAUAAAGAAAUGAAACUAGUGAGAGAGCCGGUGAACCAGUUGCCAAUAAAGAAAAGUAGGGGGGUGGGAGGCUUUAGAAGAAAUUAAGGAAUAUACAGUUGAAGUCUUCAUCCAGAAGGAAAAACUCUUUCUUUACCUAUGCUGUGUUGCAUUUCCACAUCUCCAUCAUCUGCUCCAUUAUUGUUGUGACUCAGCAGCAGAGCCAGACUGAAGAUGAGGAAGGAGAUUCUGGGUUUCAGAUGCAGGAGUCAGAUGAUGGGAUGCAGGAUGAAUUUCAGGAUGAUGGCAUGGGGAUGGGAAUUAUACAGGCUGGUUCAGAAGAGCAAGAAACACAGUUUGAGGAUGAACUUUUGAACCAGCCUGUCAUAGAUAACAACCAGGGAGACAUUCCCAUGGGAACUAAUGAGCUGGAUUCAUCUGAGGCCCCUGUUCAGGUACAAGAUAAUGAUGUAGGUGACCUUGAGGGAGUGCCAUUGCUAUCUAGAGCAGAUUGUUUGCAAUUGAAAGGAAUGUCUCAGCCUCGCUGCAGCCAGAGAUUAACAGGAAAGCGGGAGGCCUCUGAAGGAAAGAGAAGUACGUUUUUGGGUUGCUUUUAAAACUGUGUGUAGAGAGACAUAUCUUUGUCAAAGCAAAUUCUCACUUCAUCAGAGUGGAUGUCUAUGUUUUCCUGCCUUAGAGAUUCUCCUGUUCCUGGAUCUUUGUAACCUAUGGACUUAUGUUCUUUUGGAUUUACUGACUCUUGUUUUGCCUAUGGACGGUUGGAUUUACUGACUCUUUUACAACUACUUUGGAAACUUUAUUUCUGCCUGCUUCGUUAUAUCUUUGCCUUUUCUCAAUAAAAUUACAAAAGAUUA